AUGAGUGUGCAGGGUUCGACGGGUCAAAAUUCACCAAAUCCACCAAAUCCACCAAAUCCACCGCCAGAAGUAUUGGUUUUUGCAAAUUGUUCCACAAAAAUCCCAAAAAUCCCGAAAUCCGCGUUUCAGCCCGAAAAUCCGCCCGAAAAUGGUCAACACGCGGCGGCGCCACCUCCAAAUGCACAAAAUAACCAACUAAACGCGGCACGGUACGCAAAACACUGAAAAUUUUCGCGAAAAACGGGACAAAAACGGAAAUUCAGUUUAAGUGACCGGCUAUUUCACGCGAUGCUCGUCCGGAUCGCCCUAAAAUACAGUGGGAAGGUGUCGUUGAAGUGGCGGAAAGUCAUCGAAGGAGUCCUACUCUUUACGGUACGUUUUUUUUGUCUGUAAAUCUAGAAAAUGCUCAAGAAGACUGGAAAAAGCAACUUGUUGCCAUCAGAAACGGAAAAAUUUGAGAGAUUGACGAGAAAAUUUUUUUUAUUUAUAAAAACAGCCGUGCCUAGUGAAAAUAACAUGUUUUCCUAUCGAAAUUUCCAAAAAACUGUAAUUUUUCGUCAAUGCUCGCAGAAUCUUGUCCGUUCCGAUAAAAUCCGUCAUUUCAGGCGCUCCUCCUCCUCUCCUCACUCCUUUUCAUCCAUUUCAAUUUCACCCGCUCGCCUGCCACGUGUCUCAAUGAUAUGCAGUCGGAUUGGAUCAAGAAAGGAGUCGUUCGGAUUGAGGUCGUCAAAAAUUUGGAGAUUUUGGAGGAGAAGGAGCAAUUCAUCAGUCAAUACAGUGAGGAAAUUGUUCCGUCAAAACUAUUAUCAUUCGGGCAUGUUUCAGUCAGUGAAAAGUCGCACAGAGUGUGUCAUUUCAAUCCGGCCGACGUCUUCCGAUUCGGUCCCUCGGUGAUACCGUAUCCACGAGAAAGUGCCGAAAAAACGGAGACGGUCGACGAGAAAGUGAGUUUAUUCUGGGAAAAAAUCGAUAUUGCACUAGAAAAGUAACAUUUUUAUGUUCCCCAAGUCCCCAAUUUUCCAAAAAAGCGAAGGAAACCACGAGUUUUCUAGUCCGCCGGCCGCCAAAUUUGAAAAAAGUUUGAAAUUGUCAAUUUCGUUUCGAUUGCGGAAUUGGUUGCAAAAAAUCCAAGCUUUUCAAUUUUAAAUUUCGCUCCAAAUGCGGUAAUUUUUUCUCAAUUUUCCAGAACCGGCCAAUGACGUACUACUCGUCGAUGCUCUCCUUCCUCCGACCCCACCUGUUUUUCGACGAACACAGCGACAUUUUUGUAAUUGCUCCCCCCCCAUUUUCAUCCCAAAAAUGCCGAUUUCAGAUGGACAAAUACGUGGGAUCGUACGAAGAACUCGAAUAUCAGGAUCCGCUCGAGGUGGAGGCACAAAUCGCAUUUCACACGCUCAUGAAGGGUAAUAAUGCGAAAUCUGGGCUUUUGACCCCUUUUUCAAUUAUCCGAUCGGAUCUAAACUUUGCAGGCUUCUUGGACUUGGAUGGAAGUAUAAUGGGUCCGAGUUCGAGACCGAUCGGAUCAUCUGGUCCCGAGAUAUACGUGUUUUUGCGAUAAUUUCGGUCUUUUCGGCCUCCGAUCCACAUAUUUCGGGACCAGAUAGACCGAUCGGUCUGAAACUUGGUCCCAACAUACUUGAAUCCAAGUCUAAUAAGCCUGCAAAGUUUGGUCCCGAUCGGAUAAUUGCACGAGAAUCAAAAGCCACAAAUCGCAUUCCAUACACUUAUGAAGAGUAAACAUUUGGCGAUUUUUGACGGGGAAGCUGUUAAAAACCAACAUUUUUGCACAUGCUGCCCAUUUUUCCCAAAAUUAUCAAUUCCAGACCGAAAACCGUCGAAUUAUGAGUACAUGUAUCGGGUGGAGUACGCGAUGCUCUACGGACUGCUCCGAUUGCCGCCCGACUUUCGAGAUGAGCACGGAAUUCCGACCACGUGGAUUCGGGUACGGUUUUUGAGGGGAAAAUGGAGAAGAUUGGAAUGUUUCGUCUAUUUCUCCAAAAAAAAAAAGAAACUUGAAUAAGCCAUUUUUGCGGAAAUUGACAGGGGUUGCCAAAAAUAGUCAGCUGGGCAAUUGGCCUAGACUUUAAAGUCACUUGCAAUUAUCCGAUCGGAUCCAAACUUUGCAGGCUUCAUGGACAUGGAUUGAAGUAUAUUGGGACCAAGUUUCAGAUCGAUCGGACCAUCCGGUCCCGAGAUGUACGUGUUUUUGCGAGAAUUGCGGUCUUUCCGGCCUCUGAUCCACAUAUUUCGGGACCAGAUAAUCCGAUUAGUCUGAAACUUGGAUCCAACAUACUUCAAUCCAAUUCCAAAAAGCCUGCAAAGUUUAGGCCGGAUCCAAUAACUGCAAGUUCAAAAGUCCAGUAAAAUUUGAACAUUUUGCAGAUCGACGCGAAAUCGCACUGUUUCGGCGACCACGUGUCGCGAGUGAUGAUGCGCCUGUUCGUGGGCUACGAGGACGCGGUGGUGGCCGCCCUGCGGUCCCAGGCGAUCAACCUCUCGUUGGUGCAUCCGGAGACCCACUCGAUGGGAUACUUGCACAAUUUACAAACGCACGAUCAUUUCCACUUUGUCGCCAACUCACUCGGAAAGUCCAGCUAUUUCACCGCCGCACUUCUCAUGGUCGUUUUUGUGAGUUUUCAGCACUAGACCUGGACUUUUGGACCACUUUCAAUUAUCCUAUCGGGACCAAACUUUGCACGCUUUUUGGACUUGGAUUGAAGUAGAUUGGGACCAAGUUUCAGACCGAUCGGAUCAUCCGAUCCCGAGAUAUGUGGAUCUUUAGUUGAAAGCACUAUAUCUCGGCCGUAAACAAUCCGAUCGGUCUGAAAAUUGGUCCCAGUAUACUUCAAUCCAUGUCCAAGAAGCCUGCAAAGUUUGGUCCCGAUCGGAUCAUUGCGAGUGGCUCAAAAGUCGUGCCAAAAUGAUGGAAAACAUUUCGCAACCGUUCAGACGUUCGCAAUAUCGAUGCUGCUCCGCUUCUCUCACCACCAGAUAUUCGUGUUCAUAAUCGACCUCCUUCACAUGUUCGAACUGCAGCAACCGCUGAACCCGCCCGUGGCCCCACUGGUGACCGUAGUCCUCGCACUCGUCGGUAUGUCCGAACUUUACACAGUAUUUCUAAUCAAACUUUUUUUGCAAAAAUUGCAUACAAGGUGUCUAGUGCACUAGAAAAGCAACAUAUUCUUGAUUUUUGCCGAAAGUUGAAUUAGAAGUACUGUAUAAAGUUUGCGCAAACUCUGUGACGAACACUGCCCGAGCAGGCGUUUCAGGCAUGGAGGCAAUAAUGGCGGAGGUGUUCAACGACACCUCCAUCGCGUUCUACGUCAUUCUGAUCGUGUGGGUCGCGGAUCAGUACGACGCGAUCUGUUGCCACUCGACGACGUCGAAAAAGUAUUGGUUGCGAUUCUUCUACAUUUAUCAGUUCUUCUUCUACUCGUACCAGUACCGAUUCGCGGGGCAAUACGGCGGUCUGGCACUCGUCACCUCGGCGUUGUUCAUUUUGGUACGCUUUUGAUGAUCCGCUCGGGACCAAACGUUGCAGACUUCUCUAGACCUUGGAUUGAAGUAUGCUGGGUAAAAGUUUCAGACCGAUCCGAUUAUCCGGUCCCGAGAUAUUACGCAUUUGUCCCGGGCGUGUGCAGAUGUUCACAAAAUUAGGCCGAGUCACUUGAAAAUGUGAAAGCGCGCACGCCCGGGGCGAAUGCGCAAAUCUCGGGACCAGAUAAUAGGAUCGAUCUGAAACUCGGUCCCAAAAUGCUUCAAUCCAAGUCCUAGAAGUCUGCAAAGUUUAGUCCCGAUCGGAUCAUUGAAAGUAGGUCAAAAAUGCAAGUUUGAAAACCCUCCGUUUCAGCACUCGAUGAUCUACUUUUUCCAUCACUACGAAAUGCCGCUCAUUCUCUACCAGGACCGCGUCUCGCAAGUUUUGGCCGAUUUGCACUCGCCGCAGGUUAGUGAUGGCCUAGAAAAUGCUCACGGAGAAAGUUAGGCCACUUGAAGACACUUUGUUCGACAACAAAAAAGGCUGGGGCAAAUUCGAAUUUCCCGCCUUUUUCUCCUUUGCUUUGCCCAGCGAAUUGCAUCAACUUGUUGUCCCCUUUUCUUCUUCUUCUUCUUCUUCUUCUUCUUCUCCUUUUUCUACGAGAAUAUAAUUAGGAGCUGUCACUUUCACCUCGUCGCAUUCGGAUGAGAAAAGAUUGACGUCAUCUGAGGGGAAAUUCUUCUUCUUGUCGUUUUUAAGGGAAUUAUUGAUGCGCGCCGCGACUUUUGCGCAUCAUCUUCGGCGCCUCCACCCGUUUUCCGCCAUUUUCACAUAUUUUUUCCCACACACAAAGCUCCGCAUGUUUUUCGGUCGCUUUUGACGUAAAAACACAAGUGAUGGGCUCGGAAAGCGAAGAAAAAAGAGGGAAAACGUCGUCAGAAUUUUUUGAUGGGAUCAUCAUUUUCUCGUGCCCACCCGUGCAAAAAUGAGCAUCUCUGGCUCUUUUCUUCCUUUUUUUCUGGAAUUUUUAGUGAUUUGUCUAGAAUUUCUACUGAAAAAACGCUUCCCUGUCCUCAUUUCCUUUCGAAGUUUUCGCCCCCCGAAAAAGUAAUUUCCCGCCCACUUUUCCUCCGUUUUGUGCUCUUGCACACUACACAAAAGUUGUCGACACACUCUCUCUCUCUCUCUCUUUUAUAUUCAUCGCAAACAUGCGCACACAACUAUGCAUUCCACCUCCACUUCCAUUUCUCCCCUCUAUGUAGAUUUAGGAGAAAACGAAGCGAGCAAUUCGGACUUUGACGCAAAUUUAUUGACAUUGAUAGUAUUAGUAGGACUCUAGAAGGCAUUCCAGACGAUGAGAGCUCGAAAAUCGAGCUGGAACAGAGCUGACAGGCUUAGAAGCUCAAUUGGAGCUUCUAAGCCUCUUAACUCUGUUUUGAUUCAAUUUUGGUGCGCCAAUCUGGUGAAUGUGCUCAAUUUUGUCAAAUUUUGUACAUUUUCUACCCGCAUCGACGUGCCAGCACUUUUUCGUUCAGCAAAUUUGGCUUCUCACCAAAUUCCGCCGAAACUUGACUCGCUUCGACCCGAUUCUGUUGCAUACGCUCAGAAACGACGCAUUCAAGAGCAACUCGAGCCAACUGACUCAAUUUGUCGAGUUUCCGCUGCGAAUUUUGCGAUGGAGAGUUGACAAUCGCAUUUUUUGCACCAAGAACCCGAUUAUCUUGAAAAACCUAGUGAAACUCGCCGGAAACCGCCAGUAAAUCCCCCCCCUCCCCCCUCGUCCUUCAUUUUCCGCCCUCACAUGACUUUUCCCUCCUUUUUUUUCUCGCUCAGAAGACGUGUGUCACUUGAUGUCAUCGUCAUGCUGAAUAGGGGAAAGGCUCCCUAGCGCUCCUACUCCUACUCCUACUCCUUCUUCUUCUUCUUCUUCUUCUUCUUCAUUUCAUUUAGCUUGCGUCCACUCUUGUAGGUUUGUGUCUCUCUUUCGGGCCGCGCGCAAAAAUGUAUUAUUCAUUACGAAUAAUCAUUGUUGUCAAGUGUGCGGAAUUAUAAUUAUCAUUUCCGCUCGCCCGCCCGCCCGCCAACCAAAACGGCAAAUAAUUAGAUUUUAUCGCCGGCGGAAACAGGCGAAAAUUGUACAUUUUUUUUUCAUAAAACGAUAGGACUCUGUGAGCAAAUAAUGCAGAAGAGAGGAAGAGAAGAAAGUAUUAUUUGUUUCCCCCUUUCUCUUUCUCCCUCUCUCUCUCUCUCUCUCUUUCUCCCAUUCGUUUCGGGUAGUGGUGGCCGGCCCGACUGACCAAAACAUUUCCCCUUUUUUCUCCCUUUUUUCUUCUUGUUUUGGGGGGAAACUUUACGAUUUUUCAAAGAAUUUGUCAGGCCAGGCUUUUCGAAGGCUUUUUACCUUUUGGACUUGGAUUGAAGUAUAAUGAGUCCGAGUUUCAAACCGAUCCGAUCAACUGGUCCCGAGAUAAUGGCCGUGCUUUCAUUUGCGGUCCACAUAUCUCGGGACCAGAUGAUUCGAUCGGUCUAAAACAUGAACCCAAUAUACUUCCAUCCAAGUCCAAGAAGUAGAGACUAAAAAGAGGUCAAAUCAUCAAAGAUAACGUACUUUGAAAAGCAUAUUUCACUAUGAAUGCACGGAAAAGGAAGUGUGUCCCCUUUGCGCUCAUGUAGCCCAAGCAUUGCAUGUGGUAGCGUCGUGAAAAUGUUAUGUGAAUAUUGUAAGCCUAAAGCUCGCUUUUCUCAAUGUUGACACGAUUUCUGUACAGCCGCUGCCAAGAAUGGACUCGCCCUUUACCCUUUUGUUGCCGCUUCCAAGUCCGUCACUACCUAUGCCGCGGUUGUUCGGCGGAAAAGAGCACUCGGAGCACAUUUCUCUCUGUUUUUUGUGCUCGAAACGGUCAGCGGUCAGUUUAUUUGUGGCUCAUUCCGCCCACAGAGCUCGCGCACUCUAUUUUUAGAGAGAAACAGGUGAUUGUCUCUGAUUUUUAGUGCAGUUUUCUGGAGAAAAGAGGUUCGGAGACUUUUGAUCCGAUCGGACCCAAACUUUGGCGACUUCCUGGCAUUUGCCUAAAGUAUAUUAGUUCCGAGUCUCAGGCCGAUCGGGCCGUUUCGGCCUGAAACCAGUAUAACUCGAAAUUUUCUACAAAAUGUUUGUUUGUCCCUGGUUCCAACUACGCAAUUUUAAUUUUCAGAAUUCAAUCCAAUUAACUUUUCGUGUUUCCCCCCAAUUUUCCCUUUCUCUGGCGAAUUUGAAGGGCGAGGGCGGCUAAUUGGGUUAGACCCUCUCUUUUUCUUCAUCUUUUCCCCCUUUUUCUUGCCUUUUCUGGAUUUUUGGUCAUUUCAGCCCUGAAAAAAUGGAGAAAAAUCGUUUUCCUCGAAAAAGUCCUAUAAGACGCGACGAAAACAGUUGUCUAAACUAUUUUUUGCAGUUCGCAAACGGAAUGGGAACAGUCGAGGUACAAACGAUCACUGUGGCGGUGCACAAUCGGCAAGUGCCCGGCGGAGAGACUUUGGAUCCGCAAGCCGCCGCUGCCGCCGCCGCGGAACAGCCGUCCGGACAGGCCCAGUCGCUCAGAGUACACCACAAUUUUCAGCCGACGGUACGCACGUUUUGUGUUUGGUUGCAAAAUUUUCCAGAGCAUGGAUCGAUACUUUUGGAAUCAAUUUUUAGGAAUUUUCCAAUUUUUGUUUGCAGAACGGUGAGCCGCUGAGCCCGUCGAGCGUGUUCGACGCGAGAGGACCGAACCUCGUCCAACCAGGUAGCUUUUUGAAACUGCCUUUUCUUUCAGAAUUUGGGAUUUUUUUUGUUGGUACUCGACACCUUGCCAUAAAAUGUUUGUAUUGCAGAAGUGGCAGCCGCAGCGCCAGAAAUCCAAGAAGAACGGGAGCCGCAAAACGCGGAGGAAAUAAUUGCUCAUCGAAUUGUGAACGACGCCAUGAACGAGCUGUUCAAUCACGAAUAA